ACCCGAUUUGCUAAAAUGAAAACAGUAACCAAUUUGUAUAUUCUGAAUCUUGCGAUUUCGGAUGUUUUGUUUCUUAUAAGCUUGCCAUUUCUUAUUACAACGACAAUUUUAGAACACUGGAUAUUCGAAACAGCCAUGUGUAAAAUAUUCUUUGUAUUGUAUGCUAUAAAUUUCGUUACAAGCGUUUUCACCUUGACGGCUUUGAGUGGAGACCGGUAUCUUGCCGUGUGUCAUCCGAUACGAUCAGGACAAUACCGUACCACUAACAAGGCGUUCUUUAUAUGUCUAUGCAUCUGGACUGUUUCCUUUAUCGUGAUGCUUCCAAUUAUUCUUUACUCAAAUACUGUACCGAAUCCGAAAAACCACGAUUGGCAAACUUGUACCAUUAAAUGGCCGAAAAAUCAACUGAUAUCACCAAACAAAGCGUUUACAUGGUAUACAUUCUUGCUUGGCUUUGCAAUUCCUGUGUCUAUGAUUUCCGUGUUUUAUCUCUCUGUUGUGUUAAGACUUAAAACUGUUGGACCAGCAGUAAAAUCGAAAGAAAAGAAAAGAUCGCACAGGAAAGUAACAAAAAUGGUGCUAACUGUAAUAUCAGUUUACGUUAUUUGCUGGUUACCACAUUGGGUUUUCCAAGUAAACCUGACUUUUCAUCAGGGAACCAGUCCAACAAAAUGGCAAAUUUACGUAUUUAAUGCAUUUACAGUUUUAACAUUUGCAAACAGUAUGCUUAAUCCUCUUUUAUACGCUUUCUUAAGUGACAACUUUCGAAAAAGUUUUGCAAAAGCAUUUAAAUGUGCUACACAAGCCGAAAUCAACAAAAGUUUGAUCAACGAAAAUAGUGUUUUCACCAAACUAAGUGGGAAGCGUAAGAAUGGGAAAAAUAACAAUCGGAAAUCAGAACGUUACGAACUAACUACACAAACUGUUGCUGAAAAAUCUGGACUGCAUGAAGAAGGGACACGUUUAAUGGAUAAGAACACUAACAUGUAUGUGGACAAAGAGAGCCAGACAUAAACCUUAUGAAUUAUUGUAUGUACUUUUACGUUUUUGUUAGGGUAUGAAAAUGAGGG